AUGAAAAGUCGGCGACUGGGAAAAAAUCUGAAACAAAUGAAUCGCGAAAUUCGUGCGAAGCUGUCCAACAUCAACAGGAAGCCUCGGCUACACAGGGGAUUAACAAAGGUGAAGAAGCUAGCUGGAGCACCAAACAGGAAUCCAAAGGCUGCUCCGUUGCCACAGUCCGAUUCAUCGGGUGAGCCCAAACUAAAAGCAAAACGUUCGCAGUCACUGGUGUUUUCAGUGGGGAAACUCGAUAACACCCAGAGGUCAUCUUCAAUUAAUCUGGCAGUACCGCCUUCAACACUCACUAGCACACCUCUGACUUCUACAAACGUUAGCAACGAAAAGCCUGCUGCAAAAGUUUUUAUCGGAGACGGAUCGAUAGAGAAGGAAAAGAAAGCACCAGCUAAAAAAGGGACAACAACAGUAAAAAGGGGACAAGCUGAAAAGAAGUACUCGAAUGAGGAACUAAGAAACAAAAUCGCUGAGCUACACAAACAGACGAGAACUUUACGAGUAGAAGACCCGGCUGUUGAUAAGCUUAUUGCUGAAGUUGAUGAAUCUUUGAAGACUAUUGAGGCUUUGGACAAAAUCUAUUGUAACAUUUAUCAAGAGGCAAAAGGUCGAACACGACAAUUGAAGAUAGAAUUUGAACACUUGAAAGCAUUAAGAGAACAGAUAGUCGAAUAUUACCCGGACUUACUAUCCAACUAUUCAAAUUCGUCUGGAACGAUCUCCUAUGAAACCAUUAUUACACCACGGAUACCGGAACAGAACGAAUUACGUUUUGCUAGCAACGUCAAUGAGCCAAGUGAUCAGUGUUAUUUUCUUCGUGAAGUUGAUCUUCUUCCACCGCCACUGAUACCGGAAGUAGUCGAUUGGGAUUUAGUGAAGAGAUUUAAUAAAAAUCAGGUCAUUGCUGAAGCGCUGUCAAAAUUUCUUUGCCAACCAACAGGAUUGGCGAUGAACAUCUCUACUGUACCAAACAGUAAGCCGGCGCGAUUAGUCAUUAAGAAAAGACAACAGAAAUGUGCGGCACGUCGUCGAACGCGACCGAACUUCCCAAGGUUUCCACCAGCACCCGAAUCGCGUUCGUAUGGAGCAUGCGCCAUGUCGGAGGAAUUGUCCAUCGGAUCGUCAGAAGACACAAGUUCAUAA